CCCCUUUAAACACACACACCGAAACAACACCACGCCGUCCCCCCCUCCCUCCACCGCGUCGCGCGGACACGAACGCGCGAGCCACCGAACCGAGCCGGGCCGGAUCGCGGCGUGGAGGUGGAUCCAGGCGCGGGCUCCUCUUCGCCGCCGCCGAUGGACCUCGGCCUCGGCGGCGCGGCGGGCAGGGCCGGCAGCGGGGGAGGAGGGGCCCGUGGCAUGAGCGGCAGCGGGAGCGGGGGCCGGACCAGCACGUUCGCCCUCGGAGGUGGCGGCGCCUCGGCGGCGGCGUGGACGCGGCUGGUCAGCUCCGGGGUGGAGGACGAGUUGGUGGUGUUCGCGUCGGGAGGAGGAGGAGGAUGUGCGGGCGCGGGACCGGGAGGUCUGCCGCAGGGCCACUUUUUGGAGGCCUGCUUCCUCUGCCGGAAGCCCCUCGCCAGCAACCGCGACAUCUUCAUGUACAGAGGUGACAUCCCAUUCUGCACCGAGGAGUGCAGGAGGGAGCAGAUGGAAAUGGACGAGGAGAUGGAGCGGAAGGAGAACAGCAACCCCAAGAAGGUGGCGGCUAGGGCGCCAUCCCACGCGGGCGUGGAGUCCCCGCCUAGGCCUCCGAAGGCCCGGGCAGGGUCAAUCCUCGCCGGCUAACACCACAAAAGGAAGCUCAGAAACGAGCUCGUUGUGUUAUGAUUCCCCUCCCCAAAACCAAAAGAUCAGAUCCCCCUCUUACCACCAGGAACUACCGCUUACAGUUACCUAUAAGGGUUUGUGUUUUUUGUUUAAACCCCUUGCGCCUCUGGUAGGUGGCGCUGUGACCCUUUCACUGUCAAUGCCUGCCGGCCUACCUGUAUCGCUGAUGAUGUAUAGAGAUGGAAGGAGAGGAGGAGAGUGCUGUGCUGGUGUUUAGGACUGCAGGCUGCAGCUCUAGCUUUGUGCUGCUGCUGCUUGCUGUGUUCGUUUGUAUGGGUGUUCUGGUCUUCGUUUUGGGGGAUUUUGUGAAAUUCUCUAUGUGGUAGUAGUUGGUGAUGGUGUUAGGCUUAAGGUUUUCCUAAUGCUGAUGAAAACAUAUGGCUAUAGAAGAAAUAGACAUAUGAAUGGACCCUUGGGAGUCCAUGACUUUACUCC